UUUAUUUUUUUCUCACCUCUCUAUCUUCCUCACUAUAAAUACAUAUUUUUCACUUUCUUGAUCUCCCUUUUUCUCUCUCUAUAUCUCAAGAAAAUUACUCUUAACUGGACCUUUUUUUCACUCAAUCAACUUUCAAGAAAGCUGCCUUUUGGGUGGUUUGAAAUUGGUGUGUGUUGACUCAAUUGAAAAAAAGUGGAGCUUUUGGGAGAAAGUUUGUAGCUUUGGGAUUUGUAUCAAGUGUUUGGAUUGACUCAGAUUUGAAUCUAUGCUAAAGAUCUUUUAAGCUGCAGAACAUGUGGUGGUUGUGAUACGGACACAAAGUUGCCGUUAGAGCUCUAAAGUAGAGGGGUUGUAGGAUGGGCUGUGAAUGUUCAAAACUCGCCUCGUGUUGCUGGGAUGGACAGAAUGGUCCCGUUCACGAGGCUAAGAAUCCUGAUGACGAGGAAAAAGAUGAAGUUAGUGAUUUGCCUACAUUCCGUGAGUUUACUCUUGAACAGCUGAGAAUAGCUACUUCUGGAUUUGCCGUAGAGAAUAUAGUUUCCGAACACGGUGAAAAAGCUCCAAAUGUUGUUUAUAAGGGAAAGUUAGAGAACCAGAGGAGGGUUGCUGUCAAACGCUUUAAUAGAUCUGCAUGGCCUGAUUCCCGACAGUUCUUAGAAGAAGCAAGAUCGGUUGGUUCUCUCCGCAACAGCAGGUUAGCAAAUCUUCUUGGUUGUUGUUGCGAGGGUGAUGAGAGGUUGCUUGUGGCAGAAUUUAUGCCCAAUGAGACACUUGCAAAACAUCUUUUUCACUGGGAAACGCAACCCAUGAAAUGGGCAAUGCGGUUAAGGGUGGCUUUGUAUCUUGGACAGGCUCUUGAGUAUUGUACAAGCAAAGGGCGUGCACUUUAUCAUGAUCUUAAUGCUUAUAGAAUAUUAUUUGAUGAAGAAGGUGAUCCUCGUCUCUCUUGCUUUGGUUUGAUGAAGAACAGUCGAGAUGGAAAAAGUUACAGCACGAACUUGGCAUUUACUCCUCCUGAAUAUUUGAGGACGGGAAGAAUCACCCCGGAGAGCGUCAUGUACAGCUUUGGGACACUGUUGCUUGACCUUCUCAGUGGAAAACAUAUUCCUCCAAGCCAUGCCCUUGAUUUGAUUAAAGACCGGAAUCUUCAGAUGUUAACUGAUUCUUGCUUGGAAGGUCAAUUUUCUUCUGAUGAUGGAACUGAGUUGGUACGGAUAGCUUCAAGAUGUCUGCAAUAUGAGCCACGUGAGCGGCCAAAUCCAAAGUCACUAGUCGCUGCUUUAUUUCCUCUUCAGAAAGAAACCGAGGUUCCUUCUCAUGUGUUAAUGGGUAUAUCACGCAAUAGUGAAACUAUGGCUCUGUCUCCACUUGGUGAAGCUUGCUUGAGAAUGGAUCUAACUGCCAUCCAUGAGAUUUUAGAAAAGCUUGGGUACAAAGAUGAUGAGGGAGCAGCGACUGAGCUUUCAUUCCAAAUGUGGACAAAUCAGAUGCAGGAAACAUUGAACUCCAAGAAAAAGGGUGAUGCUGCUUUCAGGCACAAAGAUGCUAAGGCUGCCGUCGAAUGCUAUACACAGUUCAUCGAUGUUGGAACAAUGGUCUCCCCAACUGUAUAUGCUCGACGUAGUCUGUCUUAUCUCAUGAGUGAUAUGCCGCAGGAAGCCCUUAAUGAUGCAGUACAAGCACAAGUAAUAUCUCCUGUUUGGCAUAUUGCAUCAUAUUUACAAGCUGCUUCUCUUUUUGCGAUGGGAAGGGAAAAUGAGGCACAAAUUGCACUUAAAGAGGGUUCUGUUCUUGAAGAAAAGAAGAACACAACCUCCUGACUGUGGCGAGCUGGACCAGUGUGAUCUUUACUUUAUUGCUCCGUUCCAGGGGUUUGGACAUAGAUCACAAAAGUGUCUUGUUUUUCGAGCAGAGGCUGUUCACUCUGUCGCCUUGUGCAUUCGAUGAUUAAGUAGGUUUGGUUUACUUUAGAGCAUUCUUUGGCAACAUAUAAUUGGAUGGGGUUGGUUUUGGUCACAGCUUUUGUGAGAAUGGAUUGGCCUUUUCCAAUAACAAUAUUCUCUGGAAAUAAUCCAACACCGUUGGUUCCUAAAGGAUCCAAGAUCUGUGGAAAAGGAAAGCUGGAGAAACUUGAUGUGCUGUAAUUUAUGUACAGUGCUGGCUGCUCAGCUAAGAUGUUUUGAUUCUCUCUUAGUCUCAUGUUAUCUUUUUCUUGAAAAUCCUUCCUUUUUCUUUCUUCUCUUGGAGUUGGGGGGGUCAAUAUCCUUUGUUUGUGGUGGUAAUUUAUCUUGCAGUACUUAUUUUAAGUAUUUGUUACUGGUCUAACUUGCAGAAUAUUGUUUGUAAUGUUUGUAUCUUAUUUCAAGAAUCAAGUUUGAAGGCUUGUGGCAAAUUAUUUAUACAGCUAGUAGCUCAUUCA